UCUAUGUGGUGCGACACUAGGACUAGCAUGGAACUUCUAGGAUGCUACUUCUUGGCUCCCACCCCAAACUUGCAACAUAAUUUCCUAGUGGAUUUCUAGAAUACAUAAUUUCUAUGCACACUAAAGCUCAAGGAGCCUUAGUUACUUGAUUCUGAGCUCAGUCUUUCCAUUAGAAUAACAUGGUGUUUUAAAUAUAAUCAUCACUGGUAUCCUUGCCCACAGAUUCUGCCAAUAGGUCUCCAUAGGAGCCUCAGGGUUCUUUUAAUUAAGUGCUCCAGGUGAUUCUAAGUGAGGCUAUGGUAAAGCAUGAGGGCCCCUCAGAAACUUAUUAGAGUUGAGUGCUGGCUUUGCUCCUUAACACAGAGACAGGGACAUAACACUGUCUUCUCUACAUGAGUUUGGAGGGGUCAGGUCCACACAGCACAGAUUUCCUAUGCUGUAGUAGAUUGUGUAGAUGUCGGUUGGAGAGGAGGCUGUAUGAAGACAGGAAAGAGAAACUGGGAGAAUUGAUCUUGUUGUAGGAGCUCAUAGUUUUUGAAUAGCUCCUGACACAGAAAAGAGUAGGAAGCUGGGCCUUUUUAGUAUUUCAAUGUCCUGACUGUAGAUGAGUAGUUAACAGGUGAAGAGACUUUACCUUAAAGGCAAAUGCUCAUGUUCCGGCUGUGACUUCCCCACAAGUAUCUCCUGAGAAAGAAACCUAGGGCACAGGAGGAAGAGGAUGAAAUGGCUGGUUCUCCGGGGUUGCUGACAUUCAGGGAUGUGGCCAUAGAAUUCUCUCAGGAGGAGUGGGGCUGCCUGAGCCACAGUCAGCAGGAACUGUACAGGGAUGUGAUGUUAGAGAACUAUGGACACCUUCUCUUCUUGGGUCUUGUUUUGUCAAAGCCAGACCUGGUCAUCUUUUUGGAACAAAAGGAGCUCUGGGAUGUGAAGAGAAAUCACACAGUAGCCUCACACCCAGCUGUAUCUUCACACGAUACCCAGAGCCUCUUUCCAAAGAUGUGCAUAGGAACUAUUUUCGAAAGAGUGUCAGUGGAUAAAUAUAAACAUAGUGCCCUUGAGAAUGGACACUUAGUGAUAGAGUGGAACAGUGUUGGGGAGAGACAAGGGCAUCAAAGAUCUCAUGAAACACAUAUGCAAAUAGAGACAACUGCCCAUUAUAAGAAUCUCACUGCCCAAAACAGUGAAGGAUAUAAAACAUUUUGGAAACCCCCCCUCUCUAACACUGUUACUUCUGCAGGGCAGUGUGUUUCUAUAAUCAAAGGCUCAAAUCAAGUGGUCAAACAGACAUAUUUGCAGGACAAAAAUUUGGAGAAUCUGGAAAGUGACCUAGCCCAUGCUGAAAAUACUUCUUUGCACCAUUUUGACAAUAGGAUUGCAUUACCCUUUCAGUCAAAUAUUUCUGAAAGUCAGAGAUUGAAAAAGGAAGAAAAAAAUGGUAAGUGGUAUCCAUUUGAGGGGUCCUUCCCUGAGCAGUCGAUCUUACAACAAAACCACAGCAUUUUCAAUGAAAACAGAAUUGCUCAUUGCAGUGAAUCUGAGAAAAUACUGAACCAGGAUUCAAAUGUUAAUAAAUAUCUACGGACUCCUUUGCCAGGGAACCAUUGUGACUGUACUACAUGUAGGGAAGUCUUUUAUCAAAGCUCAAACCUUAUUAGACAGAAGAGAAUACAUUUGGGAGAGAAUCCUUCUGAAUAUACUGAGUGUGGGAAAAUUCUUAACCAGUCCUCCAAUGUUGGUGAUCAUCAGAGGAGUCCUGUGGGAAAAAACCCCUACACAUGCAAUGAACUUGGGAACGUGUUUAGUCAGUCAUCAAAACUUAAUAUCAAUAAGACAAUCCAUAUUGGGAAGAAAGUUUACAUUUGUAAGGAAUGUGGCAAAGCCUUCAACUGGCACUCAACACUAAUUCUACAUCAGCAAAAGCAUACUGGAGAGAGACCUUACAAAUGUGAAGAAUGUGGUAAAACUUAUAAGUACAGCUCAUCACUAAAUAAACAUAGGAUAAUCCAUACUGGAGAGAAAAUUUACAAAUGUCAAGAAUGUGGCAAGGCCUUUAACUGGCAGUCAGGCCUUAUUGGACAUCGGAAACUUCAUGCUGAGGAGAAACCUUACCAAUGUAAAGAAUGUGGCAAGGCCUUUAAAAGGUACUCAAGCCUUACUGUACAUCACAGAAUUCACACUGGAGAGAAACCUUACCAAUGUAAAGAAUGUGGCAAGGUCUUUACCCACCAGACAAGCAUUAUCAGACAUCACAGAAUCCAUACUGGAGAGAAACCUUACCAUUGUAAAGAAUGUGGCAAGGCCUUUAUCCAGAAAUCAACCCUCUUUGUACAUCAGAGGAUUCAUACAGGAGAGAAACCUUACCAAUGUGAAAAGUGUGGCAAGGCCUUUACCCAGACCUCAAACCUUAUGGCACACCACAGAAUUCACACUGAAGAGAAACAUUACCCAUGUAAAGAAUGUGGCAAGGCCUUUAUUUGAGGUUAAGCUUCAUUAUACAUCAAAGAAUUCAUACUGGAAAAGAAACUUAAAAUGUAUAGAAUGUGGUAAAAUUUUUAGGACUGCUCAACUCUUACUCAGCAUCACAGAGUUUAGACUCAGGAGAAACCUACAAAGGGAAAGAAUGUGUCAAGCCUGUAGCUGGAAUUCACAACUUGAUCAAUAUCAUUAUUUUCUUACAGAAUAGAAACCAUAAAAUAUAGAGAAAGUUGCAGUCCCUUUAACUGGAAUUCGUUCCUUAGUAUUUCAAUGUGCAUACUAGAUGUAAACCCUACAAACAUAAUGAGGAAAGGUCUUCAUAUUAAAUGUACACAUUAGGAUACACCAGAGAGUACAUAAAAGUAACUUGAAAGCUAUAAAUAUUUAUAAAAGUAUUUAAUUGAACAUCAAAUGUCAAUAUCCCAGAAUUUACAGAGAAAGCAGUUGUUACUAUUAAUAUAUUACAUCAAAAUAUUCAUUAUAAGGAAUAAUACAAAGUUAAACAUGUUCAAAAUGUAUGUGCUGUGAUGCUUCAAAAGGUUAUUUGGAUGAAUUGUUGCAUAAAUAUGGCUAAUUUCAUUCUGAGUUUUUGGAGGCACCUGGGUGGCUCAGUCAGUCGGUUAAGUAUCCGAAUUUGGCUCAGGUCAUGAUCUCCCAGUUUGUGAGUUCAAUCCCCUCAUUAGGUUCUGUGCUGGCAGCUUAUAACCUGGAGCCUGCUUCAGAUUGUCUCCUUCUCUCCCUGCCCCUCCCCACUAGCGCUCAAAAAUAAACAUUUGUAAAAAAAAUAAAAAAUGAGUUUUCCCUCCUCAAAUCUAUCCUGACAUUUAUGACUGCCAAGUAUCAAUGCAUUUCUACUCUCAGUUUCCUUCUGAAAUUCAUUCAUUCCUUGGAAACUUACGUGGCUCAUUUUUGCAGCAAAGGUAUGACAUGUUCUUCUUUUGUUUUUUAAUUUUUUUAACGUUUAUUUUUGAGACAGAGAGAGACAAUGCAUGAACGGGGGAGGGGCAGAGAGAGAGGGAGACACAGAACCGGAAGCAGGCUCCAGACUCUAAGCCAUCAGCCCAGAGCCCGACGCGGGGCUCGAACCCACAAACCGCGAGAUCGUGACCUGAGCUGAAGUCGAACCCUUAACCCACUGAGCCACCCAGGCGCCCCUACAUGUUCUUCUUAGGUGGGACUCAUGUGUAAUUUUCCAUGGAAGACGAAGGACAACAUUACACACAAUAUUUAAGAAAAUCUAAUUCAGAUGCUGUUUGUGGUUAUAACAUUGAUGUAAGUUACCAUGAUGUAAGUGUUCCGAACAUCAUUCUUCUCCCUGUAUUAAAACAAAAUCUUCUUGAAUGUUACCAAUAAAAUAAUUUGCCAACUGGUCUUUAGGGAAAAAGGUUGCAGUGCAGUAAAACAUACUGGUGUGUCUUCAUCAUAGCAAUAGUUAGAAGGAGAAAAUGCCAGUUGAUGUGGUUGAAAUGAAGAAGUCCUCACAGAUAUCAGAAAGAGGAUAGCCAACUCUUCCCCCAAAUGGGGUAAAAUUGUACAUAUGCAUUUUUAAAGAAUGAUGUCAGGCCUGGAAAUUAUGGAAAUCUGUAUUCUCACAUCAUACUAUCAACAAAUAAUUUUGGAAGGCUUGUAGUCUGCAUUUUGAACAAUAACAAUUGGGUGGAUUGGAAAUGCAUGACUUGGUCUGUGUGUGAACUUAACACAUUUUAAGAAGACAUAAUGGUUUUUGACAUGUUAACAUGGCUGUGUACAGAA